AUGGGAGAAAAUACUGAUGUUGCUAUUGGGACCGAAGUUCCCAAUCUAGUCACGCGAUGUUACCCGAAUGAACUAAUUAACUCUUCUCAUCCAUUUUUUAUUUCACCAUCUGAUUCUCCUGGCACACUGUUAACCAAUACAGUGUUUGAUGGCAGGAGUUUUGGUGGAUGGAAAAGAGGGAUGUGGAUAGCCCUUACAGCAAAAAACAAAUCUGGUUUUGUUGAUGGAUCUUCCCGUGAACCAAGUGCAGGAACUGAUCUGCACAGGGCUUGGUCUAGGGCCAACAACAUGGUUAUUUCUUGGUUGUUAAACUCCUUAUCUAGGGAAAUUUUAGAAAGUGUUUUAUAUUAUUCUACUUCUAAGGACAUCUGGGCAAAAUUAGAGGCUAGAUUUGGCCAAAGCUCAGGUGCUAGAUUUUUUCAAUUCCAAAAAGAGCUUAGUGACCUUACUCAAGGUGCAUCUGAUAUUGCAACCUAUUUUACCAAGAUGAAACGACUCUGGGAUGAGUUGGAUACCUUAGACUCUUUUUCACCAUGUCUUUGUGAAUGUUCCUAUGGAGCAAAGGAAAAGAAUGUCAAAUUUAAGCAAGAUGAGAGGUUACUUAAGUUUUUGAUGGAUUUAAAUGAUACUUAUUGCGGUGCAAGAGGAAACAUUCUAAUGAUUUCACCUCUGCCUAUUGUAUCAAAUGCUUAUGCACUUUUAAUUCAAGAAGAAAAACAAAGAGAACUUCAUAACACACCAAAAUUCCCAGGGGAAUCUUCUUCUUUUGUUGCUACAAACACAAGUAAUGGGCAGAUGACCUUCUCUACUGAUUUUAGGGGACAAAGGACUGGUUAUGACAACAAAAGAUCUGCACUCAUUUCCAAAUAUUGCAAGAAAACAGGACAUUUGAUUGAUAAAUGCUAUAAGCUACAUGGAUUUCCUCCUAAUUUCAAGUUCACUAAAUAG